AUGGUUGUUCAAAAGGUGACAGUAGACUCCCCUCCUCAUUUUAGGAGGUCUUAUGUGUGCUUUGAUGCACUAAAGAGAGGCUGGAAAGCAGGGUGUAGGCCACUCAUUGGGAUAGAUGGUUGCUUCCUAAAAUGCCCAUUUAAGAGUGAAUUUCUCACAGUUGUUGGAAGGGACGCAAACAACCAGAUGUUCCCUAUUGCAUGGGGCCAUGAUAUUGCAAUUUUUGACAUACUGUCAAGGGUGGAGCAUAGGAAUUGUGCGAGGCACAUGUUUGCAAUUUGGUCAGGGAGGAAGUUAGGGAAAUCUUAUGAGUUUGAUUUCUGGCAGAUUGUGAAGUGCGUGACUGAGAGGGGGUGGGGGGAACUAUGUACAACAGUGGAGAAGAAAGAUAAGGAUGCUUAUGAUAAUUUGAUGAGAAAUUCUCCAAAGAUGUGGACUAGGGCAUUUUUGGGGACUACUUGUAAAUCAGAUAUAAUUGACAACAAUCUAUGUGAAUCAUUUAAUUCAAACAUUAUUGAAGCUAGAUUCAAAAGCAUUAUCAGAAUGCUUGAGGAUAUUAGGACCAAGAUGAUGACUAGGAUAGUACAAAAAAGGAAGUUAUAUAAUAGAUGGAAGCGAAAUUAUGGACCAUUGGUGAAAGCUAAGCUUGAUGCUAACAAGAAGGACUGUGUAGAGUGGCAAUUGAUAUGGAAUGGUGAAAAUGGAUGUGAGUUGAGGAAAGGAAGGUAUCAAUAUACAGUGGACCUAAGUCAAAGUAUAUGUAGUUGUAGAAGUUGGCAGAUUAGUGGGAUUCUAUGUGCUCAUAUAUGUGCUGCCAUGUAUCACCUAGGGCUUCAACUAGAUGACUAUUUACAUGAAUAUCAUCACAUUGAAACCUGCAAGAAAGCUUACUCUUUUCCAAUGCAGCCCAUAAAUGGGUCACAUGAUUGGCCAAAAACUGGUAUUGAGCUAGCGCUACCUCCUAUUGAAAGGAAGAUACCUGGGAGGCCCAAAAAGAAUAGGAGGAUAGCCAAAGAUGAACCAAAAAAAUUGAAGCUUGACCACUUGAGUAGGAAAGGUCUACUCAUGACAUGUACUCAAUGUGGCCAACAAGGCCAUAACAAGGGGUUUUGCACAAAAGGAAACAAACAUGUUAAACAGGUACAGUGUUGUUCUUCACUUAUAUAUAUUGAGUAG